AUGCUCUACAACAGCCAGCACAUCCAAGACAAGGAGGCCAAGCGCCGCGCGCGCGAAGAACAGCUCUUCCGCGAGACCUACCCCGCUCUCUACGCCACCGAGCAGCGCCGCAAGGCCAAGCAAGCACGCACAGCAGCCAAGCCAGUGCCGAGCCCCAAGCCACAGCCCAAAAAGACACCAGUGACCCGGCCCACGGCCAAGACAACCAAGCUGGUGGCCAAGCCUACGCUUGCUCCCCACAAAAAGGCAGCCCCGGCUGCCACCACAACGCCAGCGCCAGUGCGCUCAACGGCGCCUGCUCCGAAGGCUGCAACGCUACUCGAGAUUGCACUAGCCCGAAUCACAGAGCUCACGACAAAGCUCGCUGUGGCUCAACGGACCAUUGACGAGCAACACGCCACCAUUGCACGUCUCCAACAAGCCACCGAACCUACGACGACGACCCUCGACGACGCAACAGACUGCAUUCCAAGCACCUCGAUGACAUUGGCGCCAACACUUGUGGCUGAUUCAGCCGCCGCGCAAGCUGACACCGACGCACAGAGCUCCGAAAGCAAGUCGCCAAUGGCGAUCAUGCAGCAAGCGAUUCUUCAGCAAGCACCGAGCCUCCACCGCAUUCCUCGGACAGGCAACUUCCUGCACGCGCCGCCGCUGCUCUGGACACCAGACGAGCGUGUUGCAGCGAUCGAUACGCUGGUCCGCGCUAUCACAGCGAUCGAGACGGGGCAGCCGAUGGUGCACGAGCCAUACUUGGUCCUCGCACCUUGUCCUCCGGGGCGACUGGACGUGGCGCUCGAGUACGAAGAGACCUUGCUGCGCGGGUUGCUGGCGAGAGCCCACGAGUUGGGCUUAUUGUAG